AUUCAUUCAGCGGUGUUGAUGCUGGCAAGGUCACAGUUGACAUAAUUGAGUGCCACAAGAUCGGCCUGAAUGUACUCGCCAUCACCACGGACAUGGGACCUGGAAACCGCUCAAUGUGGCAAUACUUUAAGGUGAAUUCUGGGAAGCACAGCCGCAUUGCCAACAUCGCUCAGCACCCCUCGUUUGGGAACAGGCAGCUCCUCAUGCUCCAUGAAGACGACGUGAAGAGACACAACCUGCCAGGUUCCGUGAUCACCCUGGAUCCUAUCAAGCAUCUCGCAAGGUUCCAAGAGGAAAGCACAUUCAAGUUGGCACCAAAGAUACGGAAAGAGGUUGCGGAUCCAAAUCAUUUUGACAAAAUGAAGGUCUCCAACGCUAUGAGUAUCUUCAGCCACUCUACAGCAGUUGCUCUCCGCACCAUGGUCGAGGAACAUGGCUGGCCAGAGCAAACAUUGGUGACAGCGUGGUUCAUCGACCAGGUGAAUCACUGGUUUGACUUGAUGUGUAGCCGCCACCCUGUUAUGGCACUGAGUCGCCACAAUACCGCAAAAUACGAAGAAGCCCUGAAAUUUCUGCAAGUGUUCAUGGACAUGUUUUCCCGCCUGAAAAUUGGAAACGGGCACUACAAGCCAUGCCAGGCAGGCGUCCUCCUCUCCACAACCUCUAUGCUCGAGUUGCAGAAGCAUCUUCUGGAAGACCUGCACUUCGACUUCCUGUUGACAUCCAGAUUUACUCAAGAUAGCCUUGAGAAUUUCUUCUCUACAGUACGCCACAGAAACCCGAUUCCGACGCCACUAGAAUUCAAGAUGUCGCUGAAGAUAAUCAGCAUUUCGCAAUACCUAAAAGUGUCCACAACAGGAUCCUACGAAGUUGACGAUGGAACAUUUUUCUUGGCUGAUUUUAACACAUCGAAGGAAAAUCAAGCUCCACAACCAAGCACUGAUCCUGACAACCUUCUGUAUGGAAAGCCACAUCUCACAAAAGCUGAAGAAAGUGCGUUCUUCUGUUACUGUGGGUACAUUGUGUCACGUGUCCUGAAGAACAAUGUGACCUGCAGGGAAUGUGAGAGUGGCCUCACUGAAAAGCCCAGUAGUACCUCAGGCGUGCACAGUUUCACCACCAGUAAGUGCUUCAAGGAAGGUGCAUUGACGUACCCGUCCCCAGCUGUGUAUGACAUGCUCCUCCUUUGUGAAAAUGUUUUCAUAAAGACAAUAGGAAGUUGCAUGGACAAGGACAAUAUCCUUUGCACCUUGCAUAGUGCAAUGCUUACUGCUGCAAAACACGUGCCACUCACAAACUGUCAUGGUGUGAAGGACAAGAUCAUUCGCCGGUUUUGCCAUGCACGUUUACAGCUGCACCUGUCUGACCUGAGCAGACAAAUUAACACUAAAGUGAGAGACAUGGGCAGCAAAAGCAUGUGCGCCCCACGUCGACAAAAGUGACACAUAACACAACAGUGACAGUGUACUUGAUGAACGCUAUUUUGCGGAAUCAUGAUUUCCAUUUUAUUCAUAUGUUGUAGAACUGUGACAGUCUACAAUCUUGACUUCGUGCAGUUUGAGAAUUUAAAGAAGGUGCAGUUUUCUUUUUGCCCAUUUGUAGUGAGUGAACAUUGGUAUAUCCAAGUGUGCGUUUCAGCUAGGUUUUAUUUUGAUCAGUGUUGUGUAUGUCUCAACUUUGUGCCUGAACACUGGAUAGAUUUCAAUUGUUUGACUAAAGCUGGACUGUUUUCUUAGCGUGAACUGUGUAUUCUUAGUGUAAUGUAUGCCAUUGUUCCUCCUUGUGGUAUCCCCACCUUGCUGUGGUGAGGAGGCUUGUGUGCUUCUGUGAAUUUAUGGGCUAAGCCAGCCGUAGUUAACUACUGUAAUUAGCUGUGUACUACAUCAGGGCCACCCAUGCUGGAAAGGCCAUAGCUGAGGGGCUAGACUAAGAGGGAUACAUAAAAAUGCUUGUUUUUGGUGUGUAGUCUUUAGUUUCUCUCUAGCACCCACAUGUAUGUUAUCAUGCAAACAAAGGUGUAAGGACAAUAGGCAAUAAAGUCUAAUUUUCAGUUAUUGCA